AUGAGUUUGCUGAAUCAAGUUCAUUCUGGACGGGCGCUCAACCGUGGUGUAGCGUUUCAGCCAACCUUCCUGUACUGCGGAAGACGGGAGCCAGCGUUUCGUGCUUCAUGUCGGCGAAGCGCAUCAGUCAGCUGGAGUCGCUUCCAGGGACUAGGUUCGGUGAAGGCGCUUUCCCGUGUUCGUGUGUGUCCAGUGGAGCGAGCGACUCGUCGACCGUGGACUUGUGCGAUACGGCCGCUGACAGAGGAGGCCACCGUGGACGCGCUGCCGGCCUGGGCGACACUGGAACAGGUCUCGUACUACUGGGGAACCCCAGACCGUUUGCUGAACCGUUUGGCGAUCUCCGCUGGAGGUCUCCUGGUCACGUCGGUGCUGUCGAACGUUCUGUUUAACCAUCUGCUCACUUCUUUGCUGAACGCGGUAUUCUUUUUCUACUGGGUUUUGGAGCCUGCAUUCCUGGCCUCUCGACGCAACCUUGCGCUGCGCCGCUUCCCCUACAUUGGCCUAUUCUGUGGCACUGUUCGGGAAGUGUACGUUACAGAGGCCGUCCUGCACCGUGAGCGCAUACCGAGCUCCCGUCGGACCCGUUUUCGGGAGGUCGUCCAGAAGAGAAUUAAUGUGGUUGCAGCCGAUCCCAGCGGUCGUCGUAUCACGAUUUCUGGACCGUUUCGAAGCCGCGAACACCGGGUUCUCUCGCCUGGUCUGGAUGUUUGCAUGCUCGUUGCGAGCGAUGUGCCAGACUUUCGGCGAGUUGGCGGCGUCUCCGAUGCUUGUAUUCGCGUUCAGCGGCUGACGUCGUCGAGCGAGGCGCGCUCGUUCAUACCACCGGACUUGGAGGUUGCCGACGUCAGCGACGAGCUUCGUGACCUCUACGAUGAAACGGGUUCGGUAGACGAUGGCGUCAUCGAGGACGAUGAUUUCGUUUGGAUUGGUGAUUACCCGUUUGUGAACAAGGAAUUUUUCCUGGAGCUCUUCGAUGCAGCGCUGGAGCCGCAGGCUCAACAGCAGCAACAACAGCAACGAACGUCGGUUAUGCGCAGGACGCCUAUACCCGUGGAUGAGGCAGCGGUCGAGGCAUUUGCGCGUCGCCGGUUUCGCGAUGAUGCCGACGAUGAUGACUACGACAGGUUCGAUACUGACGAUGAAGACAGCGACGAUUUCGACGGCGAGCGCUCGUAUAGGCACGGGCAGCGUCGUCGUCCCGCAAAACGAAAGCCAAGCAAAGUCCGACGGUCAGGGCGCGCACCACGGGAGCGCUUCAUUGGCGACGACGACGACAACGACGAUGCCCAAGAGAAACCGUGGUUCAGUGACGAUAACGAUAACGACGCUGGCAGUGGUGGUGAUUUGGGGACGUUUCCAGGCGAUGACCUCGAUCUAGAGGAGGACGACGAAGACGACCCCAGAGCCUGGCGAUAUGUACGCACGGUACCUGCGCGGCGGUCGCCAAUGCCAUCGAAACCCCAGCAGCCGAACGAGGCCCCAGAUCGUGCAGACAAACAGAAGCAAGCCUCCGACGAUAUCCAUCGCGACCGGAAUGAACAUCAGGCAAGUUCGACGAGCCGGAAUCGAACGAGCGCCGGUUUCGAGUCCGUGCCUACCGAACAGACGCUACCGCGGGAUCCCGAGAAAUCCACCGUGGACUAG